UGAAAGCACUUGGGUGAAACGGCGUCGUAUAAGGACCAGCGGUCUGCAAAGGGGGCACGUGGUCUUUAAUAAAGGUAGCACCGUUCAGCCACCGACUCGUACGAAUUUGGGUAAAAACCAACGGUGCCGAUAAACCUAAAUCCACUUUUUCCCCAUCUCUCAAUCUCAGUCGUCGUCUUCUUCCCCAUUUCUCCACCCUCCGAUCCUUCUCUCGCGCCAAAUUCCACUAAUUCGACUAAUUUCAGCUCUCAGAGGUAAGCACUACUUUUUGACCGAAUGGCGGACGGAUUGUCAUCACAGGAAGCUCCGGGGAGCCCCAACGGCGGCAGCCACGACAGCGGCGGCGACCUGAGUCCGCGCUCCGGUUACCGUGAGCAGGAUAGGUUUUUGCCAAUUGCGAAUAUUAGCCGGAUCAUGAAGAAGGCACUCCCUGCGAAUGGGAAGAUUGCUAAGGAUGCGAAGGAGACUGUACAGGAAUGCGUUUCCGAGUUUAUUAGCUUCGUCACCAGCGAGGCAAGCGAUAAGUGCCAGAGAGAGAAAAGAAAGACAAUCAAUGGGGAUGACUUGUUGUGGGCUAUGGCAACUUUAGGUUUUGAAGAUUACAUUGACCCUCUGAAAGUGUACCUGGCUAGGUACAGAGAGAUGGAGGGUGAUACAAAGGGAUCGGGAAAAAAUGCAGAUGGAUCAUCAAGGAAGGAUGGAUUACAGCAACAAAUUCCUAAUUCACAAUCACAGCAUGUCCACCAGGGUUCUUUUUCACAAGGCAUGAAUUACGGAAAUGUCCAGCAACAAGCUCAACACAUGAUGGUCAAAAUGCAAGGCAUGGAUCAGUAGCAACGACUCGUUUCUCAACCAACGCCCCGCAGCUUCAUCCUGUAAGAGAGCUCACAAAGUUACAAGAUGCAUUACAUUUGCGCUGUAAACUCUUUUUUGACGAUUUACUUGUGCUCGUGUAUACUCUUCGUAGUCUAGUAGUAGUAGUUUGUAUUCUGCUUCGACAAUAAUUAUACUGCAAUUUGAGGAUAUCUUGUUAUCUCAGGGAAAAGGAUCUAAUAUCACCUUUUUAUUUUGCCUGGUUU